AUGACUAUGCACAUAAAAAAGGCAUCUGAAAAAGCGGGAAAGAUAAUAAACGCUAUGACAGGAAUUAUGCCUAAGGUCAGAGGCCGUAGCCAAAAGAAAAGAAGGUUAAUAGCAACUGUCGUCCAGUCAGUGAUAUUAUAUGCCGCUCCGGCAUGGGAAGAUGCGCUGAAAUAUAAAAGAUACGUAAAAAUAUUAAGAUCAAUAGAGAGAAAAGCGUCAAUAUGUGUUACAUCAGCAUACAGGACCGCAUCAACGAACGCAGUCGGGGUGCUAGCGGGAUACCCACCGUACGGUCUACUGGCUUGGGAAAGAGCGAGAAAUUGGGAAUCGAGAGGGACGUGUAAAGAAGGGAACAGACAGGAAAUCUAUAGUAGGUGGCAAGAGAGAUGGGCGAGGCAUACAGGAUGGACUAGCAUCUUAAUAAAAAACGUAAAAGAAUGGCAAGAACGAGGACCUGCAACGAACUAUUAUGCCACGCAGGCCAUACUUGGUCAUGGAGCUUUUGGUAGUUACCUAAAAAAAAUAAAAAGACUAGCAUCAGAAACCUGUUGGUAUGGCUGUGAAGAUCAAGAUACCCCACGACAUACUGUCUUUGAGUGCAGACACUUCGCAGCACUGAGACAAGAUGCACAAAAGAAGAUCGGAAGAGAAUUAGAUAAAAACAGUAUUUCCGAGGUUUUCCUAGAGACAGAGGAUAAAGGAAGAGAAGUGAUGAAUUACCUGACAGAAGUUAUGAUGGAGAAGGAGAGAGAAGAGAAAAGAAGGGAGAAACACGAGGACACCAAUCGGAAUGUAACUGAACAGUAA